AAAAAUCGAUUUAAUUGUUACACCCAAGCCAAGCUAUUAUUAUGGAUAAAUAGUGAAAUUGAAUGAUAAAAUUAGUCUAUGAGUGAUAAAAUUAAAACGUAUUGUUCAUUCAGAGUAAAAACACGAUAAAAAGAAUAGUAUUAAAAACGGAACAUUUGAAAAAUGGUUGGUUCUGUUGCGGCUGUGGUAUUCAGUUUACAACAAGAACGUCGAACUCGAAAAAAGGGCCCACAUAAAUCAUACAAUGACACCUUGGAAUACUUGACAAAUGAGCAAUUGGCAUUGUUUCUGGAAGAACGGUACAAAAGUAAUUUGCCAACGUCGCGAAUUGAAUUGAGCAUUAGUUGUAAAAAUUUAAUGUGCACCAAUGUCAUUAAAAAUCGUUCGGACCCAUAUUGUGUGGUUCUUUUGAAACGCGGGUGGCAAAAACACUACCAAGAAAUCGGACGCACCGAAUGCAUGGGAAAUACACGGAAUCCAAACUUUAGGUGUAAAAUUGUGGUUGAUUAUAACUUUGAAAUUGUGCAAAAUAUACAAUUCGUAAUCAGAGACCGAAGCUUACGAGGUUACUUGGGUUUGUACGAAACGACAAUGAGUGAACUCGUUUCGUGCUAUGCAAUGCAAAUCACUAGACAACUUUGUGCAAAAGUUGACGGUAAUCUGUAUCCAAAUAGAGGGGAAAUCACUGUGGUGGCAGAGGAAGCAACCAGCUGCAAACAAAUGGCCGAAAUUGAAUUUCGUGCUCAAAAUUUACCACGCUCAUGGUUUCGGAAAAAUAAACCGUUUUUACUCAUUUCACGAUCCAACGAAGACGGUUCAUAUUCCGUGGUGACAAAUACAGAACCGAGUCAAACAUCCUGCCGUGAUCCUGUUUGGCAAAAAUUUUCGAUUGACAUUGCCACUUUGUGCAAUGCAGACUUUGAUCGAUCGUUUAAAAUUGAUUGUUACAACUUUCGAGAUAACGAUAAUCAUAAGUUGAUUGGCACAUGUUAUGCGUCGUUGCAUAAUUUGAGGAAAAUGUGCCAAAAUAAAGAAUCGAGAACUCUGGUCAACGAAAAGAGACAAAAAACCAAACCAAGCUAUGUUCCAACUGGCGCACUGAAGGUGGAAAAAAUCGAAAUUACCGAAGAUGUGACUUUUGUCGAUUUUAUCAGGCAUGGUACAGAAAUGCAUUUCGCUGUCGCCAUUGAUUUUACAGCAUCCAAUGGAAACUUUACCGAUCCAAAAUCAUUGCACUAUUUAUGCAAUGAACGCAUGAAUUACUAUGAAAUCGCUCUAAAAGGCAUUGGCGGAAUCAUUAGCAAAUAUUCCAACACACCAUUGUUUCCAGCUUUUGGUUUUGGAGCCAAACUGCCGCCAUAUGAUCAUGUAUCAUUUCAAUUUCCGCUGAACGGCAACUCUUCACAUCCUUAUUGCUGUGGCAUCGACGAGAUUCUCAUGCAUUAUCGAGACCAGUUGAAUGUGGUUGAGCUUUUUGGACCAACGAACUUUGCACCAGUAAUCCAUGAUACCAUAGAAAUUGCACAAAAACUUCAAGACGGAAAACACUAUUUUGUUCUGUUGAUUUUAACCGACGGCGCUAUCUCUGACAUGCGAAAGACAAAACAUGCUAUAAUUGAUGCGUCAAAACUGCCAAUUUCGAUAAUUAUCGUUGGCGUUGGUGAUGCAAAUUUUGAGGCCAUGGAAGAACUAGACUCGGAUAAUGUAAGACUAUCCGUUGAUGGACUUUUUGCAGAAAGAGAUAUCGUACAAUUUGUUCCACUCAAUAAUUUCCUGUCAAAGGACGGCGAAUUCAUCGAAUCACAAUUUAAAUUGGCGGAAGAAGUUCUCGCUGAAAUACCGGAGCAGGUAACAAGUUACAUGACCUGGCGUGGAUUUAAACCGGAAAUCGUUCCAAAUAUACCAACAGAUUCAGCAACUGUGGUGCCAACAGCACCAAUGGCAAAAGAUUGCUACGUUUAAUAUUGUGGACAUUUGAUUUCUUCUCUUUUUUAAUGUGUUUAUUGUAUAUGUACAUAUUUGUCGUCGCAUUCAAGUAUUUAAUUGUGAAGAUUUUAAUAUUUGGAAGCACUGAAAAAAAUCAUCAUUAUAACAUAUCUAAGCUAUUAAUGUUUGUCAACACUUAUCUCAGGGUUGUUCUAAUGAUCGUGGUGUUUUUAAUCCGAACCAAAAAAAAAACAACUUUACAUGUGUUCAUAAAUUGAUAUUUACAAUCUACUCGAUUUUACACGAUAUUUACACUUGACGAAAUUUUAACGGCACAUUAUUUAAUAAGUCUACUUCCAGGUUUUUAACUUAAAAUAAAUUCUACAUUUUUACGAUACGCAACAAGUAGAUGUAAGGGCUUAUACGUUCAGAUUUUACCUUUUGAGUCAAACUUUGCCAAAU